AUGUUUAAUGCUUAUUUGAAUGGAGUUUAUCAUUGGUUACCCAUAUCUUCUCUACGUGAUUAUGUCGAAUUUGUGCUAUGUUUUGACAUGAGUGAUGAUGUGUUUUGGAAAAUGAACUUACCCCAAUUUCCGUCUCAAGAGGAGAAUAACGAAUUGUGCGUAUCAAAUCAUAAUGUUGUUGUUUUGAAUGAUCGUAUUGGUUAUGUUAGGGAGUACACUAUGCCUUUUGAAAUUCAGUUUGAGAUUUGGGUGAUGAAUGACUAUGGGCAAGGUUCCUGGGUGAGAAUGUUUAACAUUGCGCGUGGAACCGGUUUGGGAAAGAUUUUGGAGAUCUGGAAAGAUGAUAAUGAUGAUGUUGUUGUGCUGGGAGGGGAAGAACAUCAUCCAUUGGUUUUGUACAAGAUUGGUCAACAACAGGUGGUGAAAAAGUUUAAUGUUCGCUUAGGAGCUGAGCAUUGUGUAGUUAGAUAUGUGGAAAGUUUCCUUCCCUUGUCUUGCUAG